UCCUAAGUAGAUUAGGGGGAUCGUAACGUUCAUCCUUUGGCCGACAGCCAAACUGCGCUGUGUACGUUACCUGUGCUCUGGAUGCCGGUCGGUCCCGAUAUCACGCUGCGAAUCUGAACCUCCGAGGAUUGGCAGCAUGUCUGACGCGACAAAUCUGUCGUAUACCUGUGUCAAUGAUCUCGUCCAAAAAGCCAAAAUCAAUUUCGCGGGGAAGGAGCCUCGUAGCGUGUACCAGAGGCUUCCCGCUAUGCGACAGAAAUGUGAUCAGGCAAGAAAGGAUGGGGACGACGAGAUCGCGUAUAUCAUGUUGAAAAGAUGGAUCGAUUCGGUCGAGUGGCUUAGGAGAACUCAUAACAAGAAUGGCAAGUUGAGUUAUGUCACGAGCAUGACUGUUGAUCAGAUAAAUGAAGCCAAAAACAUACUUGCAAACUUGAAGCAAAAAUUAGAGGUACGUUACGAGCUUAAUUCCAAGAAGCACAAUGAUAUAAUGGAAACAAUGGAGGUAGAAAUGGAUGAUUUUGAAGUGCCCAAUGGCGACAUUGGUUUAAAAUUGCCAGAAAUACCAACUGAAGAUCCAUUAUAUAUAAGUUUAUAUAGUGAUAGUGAUAAUGAUAAGUUUAUAUCAUGCGAUCAAUUGUAUUAUUUAAUACAAAAGAUAGGUGUUAGAUAUUUAAUUAUUGAUAUCAGGCAGAAGGCCCAUUAUGAAAGUUCCAAGAUAUUGUCUGAUAAAUGUAUUAACAUUCCACAGUCUGAAAUUAAAAAGGGGAUGCUGGCCUCUCAUUUUGAAAAAUGUUUUAUAAAAGAUAAGCAUUCACAUGAUUUGUUUAUUAAUCGUUCAAUGCAAUACGUGGAUGUUUUAGUCUUACUAGAUUGGAAUGCUACUCAAGAGACUUUAACACAGCCCUAUGCUCAUCUAAAUUUGUUGAAAGAUAUUUUUGAGAAAUGGGAUCCCGGUAAAAAGUACAAGAAAAUUAAGAUUCUAAAUGGAGGUUAUCAGGAAUGGUUGAAUCGGUAUCCAGCAUUUACAACAAAUCCAAAUAUUAAAAUACCUGAAUUCAACAACGUUGAGGAUGAUAUAUUGGAAUCAUUUGAAUAUCCAGAUUGGGUAAAUUCAGACGAGGAAGAUGAGAUUUUGAAAGAAGAACGAAGAAGAAAGAACAUAUUGAAUAAUUCGAGAAGGCCUAAUAAGGAUAUUGAUGUAGAAAUGGAUCAUGGUGAUAACAAAUCGACAAUCUCUAAGCAUGUCAACGCGAAUAGUAACGAUGUUAUUUCUUCGGCUAAAUCUAACAAUUUUGUUACUAAUGUAACAAUAUCAGUUGAUGAUAAACGACCAUUUCGGAGUGAUAAUUCAACUGCACAAUUAGAAACUUCAGAAAAUCCACCACCUCAGCAUAAAAUAUCAAAUAAAGUACCACAAAAUGAAGCGAGCGCAAAACCGGUAAUCGAUCGCAGCAAUAAACCGAUUACCUUGAAAACGUACGAUCCGCGAUGUAAGGAAGUAUUGAGGUUUAUGAAAGAAUUGAACGAACUGGCGAGAUCAAAAGCAAAACUUGCCAACGAAUUGUUGAGUCAGGAAUACGAGCUCUAUUCGCAACGUGAGGACAAAUAUAAUGCUAGUGAUGAGAAGUACCUACGCGCAGAAAUAAAAUCUUUGAAAGUUAAAUUGGAGGAUAUGCACAAAAUGUAUCUCAAAAUUGAAAACGAGUAUAAUACGUAUUUAAAAGAAGCAGAACCAAUUCAAUUUAAUUCUGUUGAUGACAAUGAAAAGAAGAAUUUUGAAUUUAUUCUCUCUUUAUUGAAGAAUGAAAUCAAAGAUAUCGAAACCAAGAGGAAAAAGUUACAAGAAGAUUUCUUACAAAGAGAACACAAGGAGAUACUGAAGCAAAAUGAUAACGAUAUUCACAAGGAACCUUUGAAGACGAAUAGUUCAUCCAUUAAUACUGGUUUAGAGCGUUCUUAUUCGAGUCCAAAUUUGUUGCAGUUGGGAGAUCGUAAAGCACCUCAGAUAGAUAGAACUUCUAAGCCACAUAUUUCGCCUCGCAAUCAGAAUGGAUUGGGAAUUGGGAAUGAGAACAUCAAAGUGUCUUCUCUUAGUUGGGGAAAUCGGGAGGAACGAAUGACCCCUAUUCACGGCACUGUUCAUCCGGGUAUAACUGGCCUGAAGAAUUUGGGCAAUUCUUGUUAUAUGAACAGCAUCAUACAGUGCUUAAGUAACACGACAAAUUUAACGAAAUAUUUUACUGACAAUUCGUACGCUGACGAUCUCAAUACGAGUAAUGAUAAUAUGACACAAGUCCAAGUGGCGGAAGAAGUAGCUCAAGUAAUUAAAGCUCUAUGGAGAGGCCAAUACAAAAGCAUAUCUCCUCACGAUCUUAAGGUUGCAGUUGGACAAUAUAAAUUGCAAUUUGAAAGUUACGAUCAACAAGAUUCUCACGAAUUCCUCACGUUUCUCUUAGAUUGGAUGCAUAGUGAUCUUAAAAAAGAAGCGAAGAUGCCGAUUGAAAUGACUAAUGCGGAGAAAGAAUGGGACAAAGCAAUGAGCUCUCAGAGAUCUAUAAUAUCAGAUUUAUUUUUCGGACAAUUAAGAUCCACGAUUACAUGUUCAUUUUGCAAGCAAGCGAGUACUACAUAUGAGACAUUUAAUAGUUUAACGAUGUCUUUACCUCAGUCUAAUCGAUGUACUUUAAAUGAUUGCAUGGAGAAGUUUGUGACGGGACAGAAAGUAAGCGGAUGGAAGUGUCCUAAGUGCCAGACACCUCGCGACGCAACCAAGAAGUUUGAUUUUGUUAAGCUUGCACCUAUUGUCGUGAUUCACUUGAAUCGUUUCGCCGAGAGCGGCGGAUGGUUGGAAAAGAGGAACACCGCCGUCGAUUUUCCUCUCACGGGAUUUAAUUUGAAGCCUUAUCUUGUCAUAGAAAAUUCAAAGGCGAUCGUAUCGAACAAUAUCCGUAAUUACAAUUAUAGUCUUUACGCGAUAUCGAAUCAUUAUGGUACAAUGGAUGGAGGUCAUUACACGGCAUACUGCAAAAACGCUACUCAAAAUAAAUGGUACAAGUAUGAUGAUCAAACUGUCACGGAAGUGUCGCCUAGCCAAGUGAAGUCUCAAAACACGAGUGCCUAUUUAUUGUUUUAUACAUCGUUUCCAAAUACGAUUAUGUAGUAUGAGGACACGGCCACGGAUGUGAUCAAGAUCCAAUUAUGACGAAAGUCUUCAGUGUGAUAUUACUUAAGGAAAGGAGUACACAGGAAUAUAUGAUCUUUCAACGCUAUGUAGAUAUUAUAAACGAUUAUAUUUUGUAUGAUAAAUUUCUCCUAUGCGCAAUUGUAACGGGACGCAAUUGUAUAGGGACUGUGACGGUAUUGAAAGCUAUCGGUGCUGGCGUUCAUUAAGAAUAUGUAAAUACGUAUUGCGAUAUCUGUGUAUUUCCAUCGCGCUUUGUCGCUUUAGAGAUAAAACAAGAUAUAGUUGCGCUCGAGAAUAUUUUAAUAUGUGUAUAGCGCUUUGUAUAAUUAUGUUAACAUAGAUACAUCAGAAUCAUAUAAUAUAUCCAUUUGAUAACAUUAUCUUGCAUUGUAUAAUUGUAUUCGGAUCAUUUGUAUAUGUAUCAUCGCUAUAUAUAUCAAAACGAAGCGAAGGGGGCUAUAGUUCCUUGCCUUAUGGAGCAAUUUAGACAAUAUUUUCGAGGAAUUCAGAUUUGGAAUCCAUCUAUUAAAAAUAUGUUCUGUUCAAUCAUAUUUUACACAAGUGAUUUUGACAGUCAUAAAUAGCGUUUAACAUGGAGGAAAUGCAUAUACCGUGUGCAAUUUAGAUCGAUUAGCAGCACACUAACUGCCUUCUUUGCUACGCUGCCAGUAUUGUUGCAAUGUACAAGCAUUUUGUACGUGAAACAAAACGCUUCUUUGAGACGUACACUUCUUAAAAACAGUUAGGAUUCCGUUAUAUAUAAAUUAUUAUGUAAAUUCACUGAUUUCGAGCAGUCCAAA